UCUUAGUAAAUUUAUUCAAUUGAUUUGUUGUAUAUAUAGUUUUUAUCUUGUUUAUGUUACAUUAAGUUCAUAAUGCGUGUAAUUUAUCAAUUUUUAUUUGUUUAUACACUUGUAAAUAUUGUUGUGAUUCCUACAGGAAGUGCUGUAGGUAUUUCUUCAAAAUUGGACUUCGAUGAUGAUUCAGAAACAGUUUCUGAAGUUAAACAUGAGCAACAACAAUCGCGCACCCAAGCUUCGAUAUCAUUAUCCCACAAACCACAAUAUGGUGGUGUAAAAAUUUCCAAACCGGGUGGAUUUGAGAUCGAAGAUUUUUUCAAUGAAAAUAAUCAAAAAGAUAAAAUAGAAGUUAAAUGUGAUCCAACAAGAGAAAUUUGUAAACCGGAUGGUGAAAAUGUCUCAGUAAAAGGUGACACUGAUGAUGUUGUUUUGACCGAUGUUAAUGUAAAAGUAUUAACCAAAAUCAAUAACAAAAAUGGAAAUAAUAAUUCAAAUUUGAAGCCUUCUACAGAAAUAGCUGAUGUACCAAUUCUUCAAGAAAACCAAGGAGGACUAACUUUCGGUUUAAAUCAAAAUACAAAUCAUAAUAUACCAUUAAAUAUUCCAAAUACACCAAUUGUUAAAGGAAGUGGUUCAAGAAAUUCUGGAUUUGUACCUGUUAUUCCUAUCCAAGGAAAUUUAUUUAAUACAGAUUCAACAUAUAAUAACCGUCAUUUUGGAGAAAAUCCACCACCAAAUUCUGUAUGGACAUCACGUAAUAUUAAUACAAACCCACAAAAUCCAAAAGGGUUUUAUAAUGGUUUUAAUAAACGAAUCUAUGAAAAUACCAAUCCAAAACUUCCAACAAUUGUGUUAAACACAAAUUCAUGGUUUUAUCCAAUAAGCAAUCCAGUAAUUCCAACACGGUCACCUCCCACAUCCAAUCAUCAUUUUCAUGAUGUUAGUAGUAUGUUAGAACCACCUAGUGAAAAACAUUAUCCUGGUAAUUUAUUUACGAAUAUUAAUUAUCCUGAAAGUUCAGUACCGGUUCAAAAUCAUCAAAUUGUUGGCGAAGGUUUGAUAUGUAAUUGUGUCAGAGAUCAUACUGGACGUAGUCAUGAUCAACCGUUUCGUACGUCGUUUGUAGAUCAACCAAAGAAAAUCAAAGGCAUUGACGACAAAUUAGAUAAACUUAAUUAGUAAUUAUACCUACUAAUUAAAAUUAAUUGAC